UCUGUGUUUAGGGAGAUGACUCUUCCAAAGGCUCCCUCUGAUGAUACCCAGGCCUCAGGAGAACCCGGGCAGCAGAUUUUCUCCUGCCUGACCUUUUCCCGAUUAAAAAGCUGGGGGAAAAUGUCAGACUCCAAGCAAGUCACCAAGAGUAAACGGAAAGUGAGCUUCACCCCGAGUCAGGAGCCGGUUCCAGCCUCAGAUGGCUCCCAGGAGCCACCGCAGGAAGGCUGCAACAGCAGCCCUCUGCCAGAGACCCCUCGCCAGGCUGAGCUGGCCUCCCACAAAGGACCCCAAGACACCUGCCAGCAGAGGACCUCCCGAUCACCUCCGCCGCAGAAUCCCCAAGGAAACCCCCUCUCGUCUGAUGAUGCCUCCCGAGCACGACGAGCCAAUGGGUCAGGGACUGAAGGCCCGGAGAUGCCAAAUACCAGUGACCUGUCCGCACCAGCCAGGCCCCAGGGCCAGCGAGCCAGAACCCUCUCCAGAGAAGACAGGAAGCAGGCACAUAUCAAGAGACAGCUGAUGACCAACUUCAUCCUGGGCUCUUUCGAUGACAACUCCUCCGAUGAGGACGCCGGUGCUGCCCUGUUCCGACAGUCUUCCCGGAAGGGCAGCCGGGCCAGCCUGGGGACGCUGUCCCUGGAGACUGCUCAGGCCGCAGGCGAGACUGAGACCUGCGCCCCCGUUAUAAGGCCCAGCAUGUCGGGGCUUCACCUGGCAAGAAGGGGCCGAGAGCAGAGGAAGGUGGACCUGCACAGAGACUUCACUGUGGCUUCCCCUGCCGAGUUCGUCGCGCGCUUUGGGGGGCAUCUGGUCAUCGAGAAGGUGCUCAUCGCCAACAACGGUAUUGCCGCCGUGAAAUGCAUGCGCUCCAUCCGCAGGUGGGCCUAUGAGAUGUUCCGAAAUGAGCGGGCCAUCCGGUUCGUAGUCAUGGUAACGCCAGAGGACCUCAAGGCCAACGCAGAGUAUAUCAAGAUGGCAGAUCAGUAUGUCCCCGUCCCAGGAGGGCCCAACAACCACAAUUACGCCAACGUGGAGCUGAUUGUGGACAUCGCCAAGAGGAUCCCCGUGCAGGCGGUGUGGGCUGGUUGGGGCCAUGCUUCUGAAAACCCCAAACUUCCGGAGCUCCUGCACAAGCACGAGAUUGCUUUCCUAGGCCCUCCCAGCGAGGCCAUGUGGGCACUGGGAGACAAGAUCGCCUCCACCAUCGUGGCCCAGACUCUGCAGAUCCCAACACUGCCCUGGAGCGGAAGUGGUCUGAUGGUGGAGUGGGCGGAACACAGUCUACAGGAAGGGCAAAGGAUCAGCAUCCCAGAGUCCAUCUACAACAACGGUUGCGUGAAAGAUGUAGAUGAAGGCUUGGAGGCAGCAGAAAAAAUUGGUUUUCCCUUGAUGAUCAAAGCUUCUGAAGGCGGCGGAGGGAAAGGAAUCCGGAAGGCAGAGACUGCUGAGGACUUCCCCAUCCUGUUCAGACAAGUGCAGAGCGAGACCCCUGGUUCGCCAAUCUUCCUCAUGAAGCUGGCCCAGCACGCCCGGCACCUGGAGGUCCAGAUCCUCGCCGACCAGUACGGGAACGCAGUGUCCCUGUUCGGGCGCGACUGUUCCAUCCAGCGGAGGCACCAGAAGAUCAUAGAGGAGGCGCCGGCCACCAUUGCCACGCCGGCAGUGUUUGAGUUCAUGGAGCAGUGUGCCGUGCGCCUGGCCAAGACAGUGGGCUAUGUGAGCGCAGGGACUGUCGAGUACCUCUACAGCCAGGACGGCAGCUUCCACUUCUUGGAGCUGAAUCCCCGCCUGCAGGUGGAACAUCCCUGCACGGAAAUGAUUGCAGAUGUCAACCUGCCUGCUGCCCAGCUGCAGAUCGCCAUGGGUGUGCCGCUGCACCGGCUGAAGGAUAUCCGGCUUCUGUACGGAGAGUCCCCGUGGGGGAUGACGCCCAUUUCUUUUGAGACCCCUAGCAACCCUCCCAUUGCCCGAGGCCACGUCAUUGCAGCCAGAAUCACCAGCGAAAACCCAGAUGAGGGGUUUAAGCCGAGCUCCGGAACGGUCCAAGAAUUGAAUUUCCGCAGCAGCAAGAACGUAUGGGGUUACUUCAGCGUGGCUGCGACUGGUGGCUUACACGAAUUUACGGAUUCCCAGUUUGGGCACUGCUUCUCCUGGGGGGAGAGCCGGGAAGAGGCUAUUUCGAACAUGGUGGUGGCUUUGAAGGAACUAUCCAUCCGGGGUGACUUCAGGACAACUGUGGAAUAUCUCACCAACCUUCUGGAGACUGAGAACUUUCAGAGCAACGACUUUGACACCAGCUGGUUGGAUAACCUCAUUGCCGAGAAAGUGCAGGCUGAGAAGCCAGAUAUCAUGCUCGGGGUCGUGUGCGGAGCCUUGAACGUGGCCGACUCCAUGUUUAGAACAUGCAUGACGGAUUUCCUACAUUCACUGGAAAGGGGCCAAGUCCUCCCCGCAGACUCUCUGCUGAACAUCGUGGACGUGGAAUUAAUUUAUGGAGGCGUCAAGUACAUCCUCAAGGUGGCCCGGCAGUCUCCGACCAUGUUCGUCCUCAUCAUGAACGGCUCUCACAUCGAGAUCGACGCCCACCGGCUCAACGAUGGGGGGCUACUGCUGUCCUGCAGCGGCAACAGCUACACCACCUACAUGAAGGAGGAGGUGGACAGUUACCGAAUCACCAUUGGUAACAAGACGUGCGUGUUUGAGAAGGAGAAUGACCCCACAGUCCUGAGAUCCCCUUCGGCUGGGAAGCUGGUGAAGUACACCGUGGCGGACGGGGAACACGUUGAAGCUGGGGGCAGCUACGCCGAGAUAGAGGUCAUGAAGAUGACCACAACCCUGAACGUGCAGGAAAGUGGCCGGGUGAAGUAUGUCAGGCGCCUGGGGGCUGUGCUGGAAGCUGGCUGCAUGGUGGCCAGGCUGGAGCUCGAUGACCCUUCUAAAGUGCGCCCGGCUGAGCCGUUUGCAGGGGAGCUCCCCUCACAGCCAACGCUGCCCAUCCUUGGAGAGAAACUGCACCAGGUUUUUCACAGCGUCCUGGAAAAUCUCACCAACAUCAUGAAUGGCUACUGUCUGCCAGAGCCUAUUUUUAGCAUCAAGCUGAAGGACUGGGUGCAGAAGCUCCUGAGGACCCUCCGGCACCCGUCGCUGCCGCUGCUGGAGCUGCAGGAGAUCAUGACCAGUGUGUCGGGCCGCAUCCCCGCCCCUGUGGAGAAGGCCGUCCGCAGGGUGAUGGCCCAGUACGCCAGCAACAUCACCUCGGUGCUCUGCCAGUUCCCCAGCCAGCAGAUAGCCACCAUCCUGGACUGCCACGCGGCCACCCUGCAGCGGAAGGCCGACCGGGAGGUCUUCUUCAUGAACACCCAGAGCAUUGUACAGCUGGUCCAGAAGUACCGCAGCGGGGCCCGCGGCUACAUGAAGGCGGUGGUGUUGGAGCUCCUGCGGAAAUACUUGCUGGUUGAGCACCAUUUCCAACAAGCCCACUACGAUAAGUGUGUGAUAAACCUCCGGGAGCAGCUGAAGCCAGACAUGUCCCAGGUGUUGGACUGCAUCUUCUCCCACUCACAGGUGGCCAAGAAGAACCAGCUGGUGAUCAUGCUGAUUGAUGAGCUCUGUGGCCCAGACCCAUCCCUGUCCGAUGAGCUGACCUCCAUCCUUGACGAGCUGACCCAGCUGAGCAAAAGCGAGCACUGCAAGGUGGCCCUCAGAGCCAGGCAGGUCCUGAUUGCCUCCCACCUCCCCUCCUACGAGCUGAGGCACAACCAAGUGGAGUCCAUUUUCCUAUCUGCCAUCGACAUGUAUGGCCACCAGUUCUGCCCAGAAAACCUCAAGAAAUUAAUACUCUCAGAAACAACCAUCUUUGAUGUGCUGCCCACUUUCUUCUACCACGCUAACAAAGUGGUUUGCAUGGCAUCCUUGGAGGUUUAUGUGCGGAGGGGCUACAUCGCCUAUGAGCUAACCAGCCUGCAGCACCGCCAGUUCCCGGAUGGCACUUGCGUGGUAGAAUUCCAGUUCAUGCUGCCCUCCUCCCACCCGCACCGGAUGACCGUGCCCAUCAGUGUCACCAACCCGGAGCUGCUGAGACACAGCACGGAGCUCUUCAUGGACAGUGGCUUCUCCCCCAAGUCCCAGCGAAUUGGGGCCAUGGUCGCCUUCCAGAGAUUCGAGGAUUUCGUCAGGAACUUUGAUAAGGUCAUCUCCUGCUUUGCCAACGUGCCCAAGGACACCCCCCUUUUCAGCAAGGCCCAGAAUUCCCUGUACUCCGAGGAUGACAGCAAGAGCCUCCGAGAGGAGCCGAUCCACAUCCUGAACGUGGCUCUCCAGCACGCAGACCACCAGGAGGAUGAGCAGCUGGUGCCCAUUUUCCGAACAUUUGUGCAGUCCAAGAAAAACAUCCUUGUGGAGUGUGGACUCCGAAGAAUCACAUUCCUGAUUGCCCAAGAGAAAGAAUUUCCCAAGUUUUUCACAUUCAGAGCAAGAGAUGAGUUUGCAGAAGAUCGCAUCUACCGUCACUUGGAGCCGGCCCUGGCCUUCCAGCUGGAGCUCAGCCGGUUGCGAAACUUCGACGUGACCGCCAUGCCCUGCGCCAACCACAAGAUGCACCUGUACCUGGGCGCCGCCAGAGUGAAGGAGGGUGCCGAGGUCACGGACCACAGGUUCUUCAUCCGGGUCAUCAUCAGGCACUCGGACCUGAUCACCAAGGAAGCCUCUUUCGAGUACCUCCAGAACGAGGGUGAGCGGCUGCUCCUGGAGGCCAUGGAUGAGCUGGAGGUGGCAUUCAAUAACACCAGCGUGCGCACCGACUGCAACCACAUCUUCCUCAACUUCGUGCCCACCGUCAUCAUGGACCCCUCCAAGAUCGAGGAGUCGGUGCGGUCCAUGGUGAUGCGCUACGGCAGCCGGCUGUGGAAGCUCCGCGUGCUUCAGGCUGAGGUCAAGAUCAACAUCCGUCAGACCACCACCGACAGCGCCAUCCCCAUCCGCCUCUUCAUCACCAACGAGUCAGGCUACUACCUGGACAUCAGCCUCUACAAGGAAGUGACGGACCCCAGAUCUGGGAACAUCUUGUUUCACUCCUUUGGCAGCAAGCAAGGCCCCCAGCAUGGGAUGCUGAUCAACACUCCCUACGUCACCAAGGAUCUGCUUCAGGCCAAGCGGUUCCAGGCCCAGUCCCUGGGCACCACCUACGUGUAUGACUUCCCAGAAAUGUUCAGGCAGGCUCUUUUUAAAAUGUGGCACUCCCCAGACAAAUACCCCAAAGACAUCCUGACGUACACCGAACUCGUGCUGGAUCCGCAGGGCCAGCUGGUGGAGAUGAACCGACUUCCUGGAGGAAAUGAGGUGGGCAUGGUGGCCUUCAAAAUGAGGUUUAAGACCCUCGAGUACCCAGAAGGGCGUGACAUUAUCCUCAUCAGCAAUGACAUCACCUUCCAUAUUGGAUCCUUCAGCCCCGGAGAAGACCUUCUGUACCUGCGGGCGUCCGAGCUGGCCCGGGCCGAGGGCAUCCCCAAAGUCUACCUCGCGGCCAACAGUGGGGCCCGUAUCGGCCUGGCAGAGGAGAUUAAGCACAUGUUCCAGGUGGCUUGGGUGGACCCGGAAGACCCCCACAAGGGAAUUAAAUACCUGUACCUGACCCCCCAAGACUACACCAGAGUCAGCUCCCUGAACUCCGUCCAUUGUAAACACGUGGAGGAAGAUGGAGAAUCCAGGUAUGUCAUCACGGACAUCAUCGGGAAGGAGGAGGGCCUGGGCAUAGAGAACCUGAGGGGCUCAGGCAUGAUUGCUGGGGAGACCUCCCAGGAUUACGACGAGAUCGUCACCAUCAGCAUGGUGACCUGCCGGGCCCUCGGGAUCGGGGCCUACCUGGUGAGGCUGGGCCAGCGAGUGAUCCAGGUUGAGAAUUCCCACAUCAUCCUCACGGGGGCGACGGCUCUCAACAAGGUCCUGGGCAGAGACGUUUACACGUCCAACAACCAGCUGGGAGGUGUGCAGAUCAUGCAUUACAAUGGCGUCUCACAUGUCACCGUGCCGGACGACUUCGAGGGUGUUUGUACCAUCCUGGAGUGGCUGUCCUAUAUGCCAAAGGAUAAUCGCAGCCCAGUCCCAGUCAUCACACCCAAGGACCCAAUUGACAGAGAAAUUGAAUUCCAACCAUCUCGCGGGCCCUACGACCCCCGGUGGCUGCUUGCAGGAAGACCUCACCCAACUCUGAAGGGAUCCUGGCAGAGUGGAUUCUUUGACCAGGGCAGUUUCAAGGAGAUCAUGGUGCCCUGGGCCCAGACUGUGGUGACGGGACGAGCAAGGCUGGGGGGCAUCCCCGUCGGAGUGAUCGCUGCAGAGACGCGGACGGUGGAGGUGGUCGUGCCCGCUGACCCUGCCAACCUGGAUUCUGAGGCCAAGAUAAUCCAACAGGCUGGCCAAGUGUGGUUCCCAGACUCAGCCUAUAAGACAGCCCAGGCCAUCAAUGAUUUCAACCGGGAGAAGUUGCCCCUGAUGAUCUUUGCCAACUGGAGGGGGUUCUCCGGGGGCAUGAAAGACAUGUACGACCAGGUGCUAAAGUUUGGAGCCUACAUCGUGGACGGCCUCCGGAAGUACAGACAGCCCGUCCUGAUCUACAUCCCGCCCCACGCGGAGGUCCGAGGCGGCUCCUGGGCGGUCAUGGACACCUCCAUCAACCCGCUGUGCAUAGAGAUGUAUGCAGACAGAGAGAGCAGAGCGAGUGUUCUGGAGCCAGAGGGAACAGUGGAGAUUAAGUACCGGAAGAAAGAUCUGGUGAAGACCAUCAGAAGACUCGACCCCCGUUUCAAGAAGCUCGUGGAGCAGCUUGGAAUGUCUGAGCUCUCAGACACGGACCGCAAGGAGCUGGAGGGCCAGCUGAAGGCCCGGGAGGACCUGUUGCUGCCCAUGUACCACCAGGUGGCGGUGCAGUUCGCCGACCUCCACGACAAGGCGGGCAGGAUGCUGGAGAAGGGCGUCAUUUACGACAUCCUGGAGUGGAAGACAGCCCGCAGCUUCCUGUACUGGCGCCUGCGCCGCCUGCUGCUGGAGAGCCAGGUGAAGCAGGAGGUCCUGAGGGCCUGCCCCGAGCUCAGCCACAUGCACGUGCAGUCCAUGCUGCGCCGCUGGUUCGUGGAGACGGAGGGCGCAGUCAAGGCCUACCUGUGGGACAACAACCAGACGGUGGUGCGGUGGUUGGAGGAGCAUUGGCAGGCGGGCGAGGGGCUGCACUCCACCAUCCGCGAGAACAUCGCGUGCCUGAAACGGGACUCCGCCCUUAAGACCAUCCGGGGCCUGGUUCAAGAAAACCCUGAGCUGGCCAUGGACUCACUGGUGUACAUCAGCCAGCACAUCAGCCCGGCCGAGCGGGCCCAGGUCAUUCACCUCCUGUCCACCGUGGACGGCCCGGCCUCUACCUGACCCCCAGUCUUCCCAGUCGUUGGCAGGACAUCGGUUCAAGAAAAACCACACCGAUCCACUGACCGCAGGCCCUGCCAGGACUGCAGGGGUUUACUGUUUAAAACUCCUGGGCGUUGCCGCAAGGCUGCUGACCCCCAGCUCACUCCUGUUUAAUAAAAGGCUCGGGAGUGCCCCCUUCCAAGCAGAAACCUCCUCCUUCUCCAUUGCUGGGAAGUCUGGUUUUUAGCUCUUUCAGACACUUCGCUCCAUCACUGAAUCGAAUUGAACCCAAACACUCCAGUUUCCGUCCACUUUCUGUUGCCUUGCAGGAUCCAGGUGUUCUUUUAGACUCAUUUUCUAUCAGAGCGUGGAAUCUUCUUAUUUUUUUUUUCACUCCGAGACCAGCUCUUGAUGUAAGCCCCUCACAGGUUUCAGCAGUAUAACAAGGAAAGCAAAAUAAGAGAGGAGAAAAGAGAAAAUCUGUUUUUGUAGUCUGCUUAUUUGAACCCUUAUUUGAAUUCCUCUCACCCAGGAAAGGGUAUGAAUGAUUUUUUUUUUUAAUUAAGAGUACAAAAUGGUGUUUUGUUCCCCACAAGACUCCUAGCUAAUCACUAGCAAAGUCCCAUUACUGGGCUUAGUUCCCUCAUUAGUAGAAAAUUGCAUAGCCCUAGGCUCAAGGGCGUUGGGAGACUUUUUUUUCACAUGGUUCACAGCCCUCUGCCUGCACCUUCUCUCCAAGGAGAAGGGGACUCCAGCUUGGGCUGGGAGGACAGAGAAGUGAGGCAAGACCUUCUCCAACCUCAGCAGCCCGGCUUGCUCGCAGGUCUCACCCCUGUGGUUGCCGUCACCUGCCUCGGAGGCCCCUUCGGGUCCCCUUCACUCUUGCGCCUCCUGCCUCAGUGUCCAUGGUGGGCUGUAGCCCGAGGGACAGAGCCAGUGGCUCCCAAGGACUGGGCUGUGAGCACCACACUGAUUCACUCAGGGAGGGCUUCGCGAGGCUGCCACCAGCACCCAGCCCCGAAGACCAUACAGCGUCAGGACCUGCGGUCCUCCCGGCUGUGUCCAUCUGUCCCCAGUGCCCGUGAUGGAGGGAGCCGGCCACCCUCCGGUGCCAUGGCGGGCAGUCUGCCUGAGGACACCGGACAUUACACCUGGCCAGCGUGGAGGCCAAUGAGGUUUUGCGGGGAAGCCCCUACAAGCGGGAACGCUGGGGGAUGUCUGAGGCCAUCGGCCAAUGAUGACAGCCCUGGCCAGCAUGGGUGGUGUGGGCGCAGUGAGGGGUGGGAGAAAGACAUCAGCCUUUGUUGUGUCCCAAGACAUGGGGGUGGGUACGAGUCCUUGUGGCUUUGGGAACCGAUUUCUUUCCAUGUGGAGGAGUCCUUGCGGGUUUGGGAGGGAUGAUACAUCAAUGACUAGCUGCAACCCAGGAAUGGUGGGUGGAGGAACCUACCAGGAAAUGUGUGGAAUAAAUUAUUUUUGGAAGGAA